AUGGAAGAAGACGACCUAGACGCCGCCCGGCCACCAUACAUUCAUGUUAGUCUGGACGACGACACACCCAAGGAAUCAAGGUUAACUGAGUCUAGGNCGAUGCUUGCAGGAGGUCUGGGUGGCCUAAUGGGCGACAUGCUCAUGCACUCGCUGGACACGGUCAAGACUAGGCAACAAGGCGAUCCUCACAUGCCGCCGAAAUACACAUCCAUGGGCUUGACCUACCGUACCAUCUGGCGCCAGGAGGGUCUGGUACGAGGCCUCUAUGGAGGUGUGACACCUGCUUUCCUCGGAUCCUUCACGGGUACCAUGACCUUCUUUGGCGCUUACGAGUACUCCAAGCGCGCCAUGAUCGAUUACGGCGUGAAUCCCUCCAUCGCAUACUUUACCUCUGGUAAGACCCCUUCACCUCGCAUGAUUUUCUGCGCUCUGUACUCACAAGACUAUCAGGNNCUUUUUGCCGAUCUUGCCGCCUCGCCCUGGUACGUCCCCUCUGAGGUCCUCAAGACCAGAUUGCAACUGCAAGGUCGACACAACAAUCCCUACUUCUACAGUGGCUACAACUACCACGGAACCUGGGAUGCUUUUAGAACCAUCAUUCGUGUCGAAGGAUGGAGAGAAAUGUUCUCUGGCUAUUCUGCCACUCUGGCACGCGACCUGCCUUUUUCCGCCUUACAAUUCGCCUUCUAUGAACAAGAGCAAAGGAUAGCAAAAGCUUGGAUGGGAAGCAAAGAUAUCGGUCUUCCAUUGGAGAUCUUCACCGGUGCAAGCGCCGGAGGUAUGGCUGGAGUCAUCACAUGUCCGCUUGAUGUGGUCAAGACGCGCAUCCAAACUCAGCUGGAUCCCGAGUUUGCACACGCGCCUGCUUCUCAAGCCUCAAAGGCCAGUCCCACCGUCAGUCCGGCCAGCACAACGCAUAGACCUACGAAGCAGGCACCUUCAAUACACGAUUCCAAAAGACCCAUUUCGACCGGAGGGCCAUCGACUGCACUGAAGAACCACGGAGCAGUCGCCCUCGAGACCGAGAACGUCAUUGCAGGCUUGAAGGUGAUUUACAAGCACGAGGGGCUUGCCGGUCUUUUCAGAGGCGUGGGUCCCCGCUUCGUAUGGACGAGCGUCCAAAGCGGAACCAUGCUUGUCAUGUACCAACAGCUCCUCAAAUACUUCGAGUUACAUCCGCUUGUUUCUUCGGACGAGGACGAAUUGGCCUUGUCGUGA